GUGCUCGUGCCGUCGUCGUCGGUCGUUGUCGUUGUCGUCGAGGAUUUUGGGUUUUGGCUAUCAGAGCGCGCACACACACACAAAUACGAAAAAAAGAAAAAAAAAAAUAGCAAAGAAAUUCACACACGUAUAGAAAAAAGCGCAGCAGUGAAAAUGAAAUAGCAAUAAUGUGAUAACUAAAAUCAAAGGAACCGAAGCAGCGCCCAAAAGGCAGAGCCGAAAAUUUCUCUGCACAUGCAUGUAAAAACUAAAAAAAAAAAGAAUUAUUCGAAAAAAAAACAACAACUACAGCUACAACUACAACUACAACAACAACAACAACAACAACAACAACUAGAACUACAGCAAGAGCGUGCAAGGCGCGAGAGUCGAAAGCACACACAAGCAAAAGCACUCGAUAAAAAGUUAUUAGCAAAAACAUAAAUACGUUACUUGCUCUCUUUUCCGCGCGCGCUCUCUGACGCUCUCCCUCUCGCUCGCUCACAAAAAGGGCGCCCAACGCCAACGCUCAGCCCCGAGUGUGCUCUGUGUGGGAGUGCGAGCUGAGAGUGGGAGAGAGGCAGAACGAGACGGACAGUAGGUAGGUCAGUGGCAGUGGGCGGCCUAGCAGCGGCAGCAGCGCCAGCGCCAGCGGCAGCGCCAGCUGUGGCAGCUACGCCAACGCCAACGCCAAACGCCAACAUCAACUUGAACUUGCAAAGGGCAGCAUGUCCUGCACCGUCUCCGAGCUGCCCAGUGGCUGUCGCUUGCGCGGCAUGACUGCAUCCUCACAGAGCGCGGCAGCAGCGGCGGCGGCAGCGGCCAACAACGGGAAUGGCAACGGUAACGGUAACGGGGAUAGCGUCGGUGCCGGACCUGGCAGCGGCUUGAGCUCAACUGGGGGCAUCGGGGGCGUCAGCGGCACAACGGGCACAAGCGCAACGCUGCAGGGCAGCGUUAGCGCCACAUCGAACGUGCUGCAGGAGUCGAAUGCGACGCUGCAGCGGCCGCAGUCGCAGAAGCCGUGCUGCUUUUGUUGGUGCUGUUGUUGUUCCUGCUCCUGGGCUAAAUGUCUUGCCAUCAAGAAUGCCGAUGAAAAUGCGCCCACCAAACGUGAUCUCGUUAGCGCCGAUUUCCUAGAUGGCGAUCAACCCACAUUAGAAGAAAUACGCAGUUGGGGCAAAAGCUUUGAUAAAUUAAUGAAGAACUCAAAUGGGCGCAAGGUAUUCCGGGAUUUUCUGCGCAGCGAAUUCAGCGAGGAGAACAUAUUAUUUUGGCUCGCCUGCGAGGAUCUGAAGAAGGAGAACAGCGCCGAGGUGGUCGAGGAGAAGGCGCGCCUUAUAUACGAGGACUAUAUAUCGAUACUAUCGCCGCGCGAGGUCUCCCUCGAUUCGCGAGUACGCGAGAUUGUCAAUCGCAAUAUGAUCGAGCCGACGACCCACACCUUCGACGAGGCUCAAAUCCAAAUCUAUACGCUGAUGCACAGAGACUCAUAUCCCAGAUUCCUAAACUCGCAAAAGUUCAAGACACUCGCUCAAAUGCAAGACAAUUCGAAUGCCGGCUCCAAGGCGGAUAGUCCCACUUAGAUGUUAUGUUAUUACAAUUGACGCUCUGUUGAUUUUGUUGUUGUUUUAACAUUAGACUAUUUAAUAUUUUUA